AUGUAUCUCUCAACUAUCCUCCCUUUCCUCUCGCUCACCACCCUCGCCCUCUCGAACCCAACAAUCUAUGAAAAGCACCUGGGCCCAGGAGAUAUUUCCUUCAGUGCCUUUCCAUCUUCCUCGAGUAGUGGUCCAGUGAGACCCCUGAGCACCUCACCACCGGUGCACCGAAAUCUGGGCCAUGCGAUAGUGCACAACAACUGCAAGUUCCCAGUCUACUUGUGGUCCGUGGCCUCUACGGUCCUGCCGGAGCGAACCCUCCUCCCAAACGAUGAGUACACCGAGGUUUUCCGCGAGGACGCCGAGACUGGCGGCAUCGCAAUCAAGAUCAGCACCAACCGUGACGGGCUGUACUCUAGUGCUCCCCAGAUGAUCUUUGCGUACAACCUCUCCUCUGACAAGGAACGCGGCCUGAGACAGGAUAAAGUGUGGUAUGAUCUUUCCGAUGUCUUCGGGGAUCCCUUUGUGGGUUACCCACAAACCUCGUCUCUGUUCGACCAUGUGAAGCGCCGCAUGUCCACACCCGUGGACCGUUCGCGCGAGAAGGAGUACGCCUUCGAGAUGGCGGCGUCUAGCAUUCGCUUCGGACCCGGAGUAACCAAGGAGGUCGGGAUGGACUUUACCAACCUCGGUGCGAAGCGCGUGUGCAUUGUCACCGAUUCCAAUGUGGCCAAGCUUGCUGCCAUGAAACAGGCUGUUGAGGGUCUUACCCGCGAGGGCAUUGAAUUCACCAUCUUUGACAAAGUUCGCACUGAGCCCAAGGAUAGCUCGCAAGUCAACCCCAAGCUUCAAGCGUGGCUGUUGCGCGGCGGCUCCGUAAUCGACACUGCCAAGCUCAUGAACCUGUACACCGUGUUUCCCGAAGCAGACUUCCUCGAUUUUGUCAACGCACCCUUGGGAAAAGGCCUCCCAGUAGACCGACCUCUCCUCCCACUUGUCGCCGUCCCAACCACAGCCGGCACAGGCUCCGAGACAACAGGCACGGCAAUUUUCGACCUAGUCUCCAAGAAAGCCAAAACAGGCAUUGCUCACCGGAACCUGAAACCAACCCUCGGAAUCUGCGACCCGCUUAAUACCCGCACCAUGCCCUCAGCCGUGCACGCCGCCUCCGGCCUCGACGUCCUCUGCCACUCCCUCGAAUCCUGGACCGCAAUCCCAUACAACGAGCGCACCCCGCGCCCAACAAACCCCAUCAACCGACCCGCCUACCAGGGUGCAAACCCCAUCUCCGACAUCUUCUCCUUCGCCGCCCUGCGCGCAACAGUCAAGUACCUGCCGCGCGCAGUUCGCAAUCCAGACGAUCACGAAGCACAGUCAGAGAUGUUGCUCGCGGCUACGCUCGCCGGCGUCGGUUUCGGAAAUGCAGGAGUUCACCUCUGCCACGGUAUGAGUUACCCUAUCUCCAGCCAGAACCCGGGCUAUAAGCAUGCGGGCUAUGAGGUAGACCACCCCAUCAUCCCGCACGGUGUUUCUGUAGCUGUCACCGCACCCGCUGUCUUUCGCUUUACUGCGGCAUCGAAUCCCGAUCGCCAUCUGGCAGCAGCUGAGGCGUUUGGGGUUGAUAUCUCGAAUGUUAAGCGUGAGAGUGCAGGUGAGGUGCUUGGGGCUGCCAUUGCGGAGUUCCUUGCUACGCUCGGUGAUCAGCCGCGUGGGUUGAAGGAUCUAGGAUUCAAAGCUGCCGAUUUGGAAGGGUUGGUUGACGGCACGAUUCCGCAGCAGCGCGUACUAAUGCUUGCACCGAAUUUGAGUAAGGAGUUGGAGGCAGAAAGGGGCGAAUUAAGGAAUUUGCUAGAGCAGUCUUUGGAUUAUUAG